GAGACUCCUUCUUUCUCCUCCGACCUAGAGACUCAGGGGCACACCAAGAGGAGGGCAGUUGUGUCAGACCGUCGACUCUAACUGAAGACUUUUUAGGGGGGGGUGUAAACUUAGGGCUAUCCCCCCUAAAAAUUAUUUAGGGAGAAGCGACAUAAACUUAGCGUUGUAUUAAGACCAUAGAUGGCUGCAUAAGGAGAGUUGAAGGGAGGCGAAGUCGGGGUGGAGCACAAAACACCGGGGGCGUUAGGAAAUAAGCGCCGGGGUACAGGGUGGCUUGCAAGGGGCUCCCGGGUGUUCCGCAAUUAUUUCCCCUCUCUCUCCUCUGCGCGAGCAAAACUUUUGCGGCGUAAAACUGAAACCAGGUGCUCUUGCGAGGUGGCGCAGGAGCUCCUUGGGAGAGGCGAGGACAAGCUCGGCGUUUCCUCUCUCCCAACCCCCUUCCUCUUUUUCCCCCCCUUUCCCCGGCCUGCCUGCGAUCUUAGCUCGCGGCUGCCUUGGCUUUUCUUUUUGCCUUUCUUCCGCCCACCCCGUUCCAUGAGCUGGAGAGCCGAGGAGGAACGGCAAAAAAAACACGUGAAAGCGAGACGUAAGAAAAACAAAACAAACGCGGAAUUGCAGCCAGUUAAGAGGCUUGGCCACGGCGCUGCCGAGGAACAGGAGGGCGCAAAACCGAGGGGAAGAAGGUGGCGGUUUUCCUCCCGAAGAGGGCUCCUUUUCCCCACCCCUUUCCCUGGGUUCGUGGGGGAGUCUCUCGUCUCCGACGCUGACAGGUGCUCCUUCGAGCCCGCCGCGAGCUCUCUCGCCCCCUUCGCUUCUCCCCCCCCCCCGCUUUCGUGAGGAUUGUGGCGCCCUUGGGAAGCUGAUCAUGCUUUGAACCUUAGAGGAGAGGAGGAGGGAGAAAACCCUGGAGACAGAGGAAAGAAAGACUGUAGUCGGGGAAAAAGUUUUGGAUGGGAUUAUGUGGAAACUACCCUGCUCUUCUCCGCUGCCCAAGCAGGCUCGCUGCUCCUGCUGCUGCUGCUGCUGGUCUCUCCCCAGCGGUGCAGUCUUCGCAGGCUGGUGGAGGUGGUGAAAACGACGACGCGGGGAGUACUUGAGCUGUCUGCAAGGACUUGGCGCGUGUCUUGUGCGUUAGAGAGUUUCCACCCCAACCUACCAAAUGUUCCUCUUCGGGAUCUUCUCGCUGACACUUGUUCUGGUCAGCCAAAGACCGGGAGUCCACGCCGAAUCAAAUCUCAGCAGCAAGUUCCAGUUCUCCAGCGCUAAGGAGCAAAACGGAGUGCAAGAGCCGCAUCAUGAGAAGGUUAUUACUGUGUCCACUAAUGGAAGUAUUCACAGCCCUAAAUUUCCUUACACUUAUCCUCGCAACGUAGUACUUGUAUGGCGAUUAGUUGCAGUUGAAGAGAAUAUGUUGAUACAACUUACUUUUGAUGAAAGGUUUGGGCUUGAGGACCCAGAAGAUGAUAUAUGCAAGUAUGACUUCGUAGAAGUGGAAGAGCCUAGUGAUGGCACUGUCUUAGGACGGUGGUGUGGUUCUGCUACUGUUCCAGGAAAACAAAUCUCUAAAGGAAACCAGAUCAGGAUAAGAUUUGUUUCUGAUGAGUAUUUUCCUUCUGAACCUGGAUUCUAUAUUCAUUAUAAUCUUCUCACAACACUCCACAUUGAAUCUUCCAGUCCAACAGUCUUGCCACCAUCCGCUUUACCAUUAGAAUUGCUAAACAAUGCUGUGGCUGGAUUUAGUACCAUAGAAGAACUGAUCAAAUACCUUGAGCCUGACCGGUGGCAGUUGGAUCUGGAAGACUUAUACAAACCAGCUUGGCACCUUCUCGGGAAAGCCUACAUUCAUGGCAGAAAGUCAAGAGUUGUAGAUUUGAACCUGCUGAAGGAGGAAGUAAGACUGUAUAGCUGUACUCCACGCAACUUUUCAGUGUCAGUACGAGAAGAAUUGAAACGAACAGACACCAUUUUUUGGCCACUUUGUCUUCUGGUUAAACGCUGCGGUGGAAAUUGUGCCUGUUGUCAACAUUCUUGCAGUGAAUGCCAAUGUGUCCCUACCAAAGUUACCAAAAAGUAUCAUGAGGUCCUGCAGCUGAAGCCCAGAAGUGGUAUGAGAGGAUUGCAUAAAUCUCUGACAGAUGUCCCUUUGGAUCAUCAUGAGGAGUGUGACUGUGUGUGUAAAGGAAAUACAGAAGGAUAAAAGGAACUUCUUUCUUCUACAGCACAUUGAAUUAGAGGCUUAUUCUGUUCUGGGGCUUGUGCAUUAAUCUCCUUGUAUAAUCUCAGUUGUUUCCUUUGAAGAUCUUCCAUGUUCAAGAUUGAUGGUUCUGGGGAGAUGAAGAGAGAAGAAAUGAAACAGAGAUUAUGUAUGCAAUGUAACAGCACAUGAAAGCCCAUUAAAACUAUGAGCAGAAGGCAUUGAUGAGGAUUUCUUUUCCUCCACCUUGAUAUAAAUAUAUAAUAUCAUCUCUUUUGCUCAUCCUGAAUUUUAAAAGAUUUAAGUUUAGAAAUGCUCAAAACCCGAACUCUUCUAAUAGCCUUCCUUCUGCAGGUCAGUUGCUUCUGCCUUUUCAUUCUAAACUUCUGGAAUCUUAUUUCACUUAUUGCAGUAACUCCUACAUGUCCUAAAUUAAAGUGUCAAUUGCUUAAAACUGUGUUAUUCUGAGUUAAACUUACAUUUUUCACUUAUAGAUAUGAAAAGGACUGCACCCUUUUCUAUGUUUUUCCCCAGUCAGGUUCCUGUCAUUUUGCAAAAAUGCCUGGUCAGUAUAUGUGAGCAAGGAGGAAAAAAUUGAAAUCAAUGAAGUGUCUUAUUCCUCCCACUAGUGCCUUCAAGGUUUUUUUUGUUUGUUUAUAUUUUUAUAUUUUUGUUGUGUACAUUUUUAUACUCUUUGAUGGCAUAACAUUUUGCUUUUCUAAUCUUGUUAAAUUUAUCUAUUUUUUACCAAAGGUAUUUAAUUUUCUUUAUAUUUACAACUUAGAAAAAUUGUAUUUUAGUCCUGUAAAAUCCAGAGUCAGUGUUACAGGAAGAGGAUAGAAAGAAUUACUGGUUGUAUAAUUCAAGGGAUGUAGUGGUGCAUGUGCACAUAGAAAAAUAAAGCAGAUGAAAAUAUCACUCUGACUUUACAAUUGUAGAUAAGUAGAUUCAUCAUGCUGGAAUAAGAAGGAACGUAAUAGCUGUUUUAAGCCUUUUUAUAUUCUAGUGCCUUGAUCUAGAGAGAAUGUCUGUGAGCAUAGAAAGAGGCUUCAGCAUGCAUAAAUAAGAAAAUAAAUACCAUUUGUUGGAUGAGAGAUUACUAGCAUAAAUCUGAUAAGCAUCAGAAUACUCAUCAGAGGAUAACUGUUAACCUGCAUUGCACUGGCUUGAAUGGGUUACAUAUCUGUACCAUCUACAUCCUGGCAGAAUUAUUUUUUGCAGAAGUAUAGUUUUUAUAUGUGACCUAUGAUAGAUUGGGAAGCAGGUAUCGUCAUGAAAAAAUAAUAAUAAAUUCCAACACAAUGAGGUCUUGUCACCAAAUUAUAUAAUGGGUGGAUUAAAAAUAUGCACAUAUUUAUUGCUACAGACACAACAAUUUUAAUAUUAUCAUUGACAGUUGCUUCUUCAUAAGGCCUAUAGAUUCCAGUAUUUUAAUGAUGUAUAGAAUAAUUUUUGAAAUGUGGAUUUGCUUACAGUAUGUACAGUUUAUAUAUAAACUAGUACAUUCAUUCUCAUCUUGGACAAGAAGGGAAGAAGUAGUAAAAUAUUUUGCUUGUAAAAUACUUUUAAAUUGUCUAGUGUUCUUUUGUGUGAAUGCCUGUUUCCUUUUAUUGUUUGAAUUUAUGUAAUUCACAAAAUAAUUAUUGGGAUAGAAAGAACUCACUAUAUCUACCUAUGGAAGGUAGUUACCAUUUAAUUUAAAAAAAAAUUGUUUUGUUUUUUCAUGUGGCAUAUGCUACCUAGCAGUCUAAACGCUUCCAUUUCAGUUGCUGCAGGAAAUAUAUGGACAGCUGCAUGCAAAUAUUUAGGAAUGCCUGGUUAAAAUGUAUGUUUUAUUGAAUGCCUAAAUCAGGGGUGUCAACCCUAAAUCAGGGGUGUCAAACUGGCAGCCCGUGGACCGGAUGCAUCAUGCGCAGGCUGUGCCCACCCCAGCUCUGCGAAGGGGGAGAAUGUCAAAAUACGUCACGUGAUGGCAACGUGACACUGCAAAUUUUAACACCCGUGGCCUAACACAACUUCAGCAUGAGAGGAAAAAAAUAAUAAAACAUGACACA